AUGUCGCACAAGUCCAAGAAAUCCGACCCAUCAGUCGCCAUACCACACGCAGAAGAGAAGCAUGGAUACGAGUUCUUUGGACCCCCAGGCGCAUUCGCAGUUACAUUCCUCCUCCCCCUCCUCGUCCUCGCCUCUCUCGAGUUCUGCAACGAUGUCUCCGGCUGUCCAGCGCCUGCUCUCCUCAGCCCGCGCACUCUCACCUGGGCAAAGCUCAAAGCACAAACACCAUGGCCCGAGAACGGCAUCGCCGGCCUCUUCGACGCUGAAGCCAUCUUCUGGACACUCGCCUACUACCAACUCCUUGUCGCCCUCCAAAUCAUCCUCCCCGGCGAAGAAGUCGACGGCACUGUCCUCAGCACCGGCGGCCGCCACCACUACAAAUUCACCACCUGGCGCACCUGCAUGCUCCUCACGCUUGCCCUGACCAUCGGCACCAUCACCUACGGCGCCAACUGGAUCGUCUGGACCUUCAUCUGGGACCACCUAAUCGGCAUCUGGGUCGCCAACCUGCUCAUCGCCUACGCCCUCUCCCUUUACGUCUACCUCGCUUCCUUCAGCGUUCCGCCCCCCAACCACCCAAACCCAACCCACCGCGAACUCGCCAAAGGAGGCCACAGCGGCAACAUGCUCUACGACUUCUUCAUCGGCCGCGAGCUCAACCCGCGCAUCGACAUCCCCUCCUCCCUCCCCCUCAUCGGCGGCCAAACCCUCGACAUCAAGCUCUUCAUGGAGAUGCGCCCCGGCCUGUUGGGCUGGAUCAUCCUCGACUGCGCCUUCAUCGCCCACCAAUAUGCUCUCUACGGCUACGUCACCGUCUCCAUCGCCUUCAUCACAGCCUUCCAGGCCCUCUACGUCUUCGACGGCUUGUACAUGGAACCCGCCAUCCUUACCACCAUGGACUGCACCACCGACGGCUUCGGCUUCAUGCUCGCCUUCGGCGACGUGGCCUGGUUGCCGUUUAUUUACAGCAUGCAGGCCCGCUAUCUGGCCGUGCACCCCGUCGAGCUGCAGUUGGGUGGUACCGGUGCCCUCGUCGCCCUCUGCGUCGGAGCAGGCUACUAUAUCUUCCGCGCGUCGAAUAAUGAGAAGAAUCGCUUCCGCACGGAUCCUUCGGACCCACGCUGGCUGGUGGGGUACGGCGCGGCACAUCAACUACCUCGGCGACUGGAUCAUGUCCUGGGCUUUUUGCUUCCCACGGGCCUCGCUGGCUACGUCAUCUAUCAUACGCGGAAUCCGAUUACUGGCGUGGAUACGGUCGAUGUCAAGCAGACGGACGAGGUGAGAGGUUGGGGUGUGAUUUUCACGUAUUUCUACAUCGUCUACUUUGGAGUGCUGCUCGUACAUCGCGAGCUGAGAGACGAAGCUAAGUGCGCGCGCAAGUACGGCGCGGACUGGGAGAAGUAUACGGCGAUCGUCAAGAGCAGAAUCAUUCCUGGCGUAUACUGA